CGUGAAGUAUCCGGCUUCAGUUAAGGGCAGUGUCCUUUUCAGCAGUGCAUUUAAAUUAAAGAAAACCAAACGCGCUAUUAGAAUUGACGACGUUGUGAUCUACACCGUUAAUAUCCUCCUGGAUGAGAGUCAAGUAAGUGAUAAAAAGUCUUUUAGAUCAGCUUUGUGUUUGUGUGUUCCGUAUACCGUAUCUUAUGUUUCUUCUAUUCUCUCUACAAUGGCAGAUUGAAGAGACUCUGAAUACCCUGGAGAGCAAGAUGAACUUUGGCCUUUACUAUGCAGAAAGCCAUAAAGAAUUAAGCAAAUGUAAGCGUUCGGCACCAAUGUGGAGAGAGGACAUGAAAUUGCACUUUAACCUGCAUCGAGGGAUUCACGGCCAGACGAAUAUAGUGUUUGAGUCAUGUUCAAAGCUGUCGAUCAUUGUUCAUGGCCUGUUGGUUGUAUUACAACCCCCACUGAAGACCUUUUCCAAGAAAAACUCAGUAUUCCAAAGAAUUCUUCCCAGCCGGUGGACAAAGGCUAAAAAAACGAAAGUGGAAAGUGUCAUUUUGGGCAAAAACUUCAAAAAGAAAUUGGCAGCAGACGGUAAAAGCUUUGUGAUAGAAGAGAAAUACUUGCAGCAUGCCUACCGUUUCCUUUCAACACUACGAUCCUGCUUGCUGCUUUCCUAUGAUGGACUGUACAGUUAUUUCAUCUCCGUCUCAGAAACGCUGCCUUCCUCAUGCAAGCUGGAGCUUGGUAUGUGA